AUGGCUGCCCUCCGUCUCCUGCUCCUCUGCCUGGCGGGACUGGCGUUUGCGGCGGAGGCCGGGCCUGCGGGCACCGGCGAGUCCAAGUGUCCCCUGAUGGUCAAGGUCCUGGAUGCUGUCCGAGGCAGCCCUGCUGUCAACGUGGCCGUGAAGGUGUUCAAGAAGACUGCCGACGGGGCCUGGGAGCCCUUCGCCGACGGGAAAACCAGUGAAUUUGGGGAGCUCCAUGGGCUCACCACCGCGGAGAAGUUCGUGGAAGGGGUGUACAGAGUGGAGUUAGACACCAAAGCCUACUGGAAGGAGCUGGGCAUCUCCCCGUUCCACGAAUAUGCAGAGGUGGUGUUCACGGCCAACGACUCGGGCCCCCGGCGCUACACGAUCGCGGCGCUGCUGAGCCCCUACUCCUACUCCACCACCGCCCUGGUGGGCGCGCCCUAG